AUGAGCGCAGCCAAGCCGUCCUCGACUGUCGCCCCGCCGGCCCAGAACACGGCCAAGCGCGACCUCCUCAUCGCUCUCGAGCAAAAGGCCCAGCAGCGCUGGCUCGACGACAAGCUCUUUGAGCAGGACUCGCCCUACGCCACGGGCGAGGCUGACGUCCCGACGAGCGACUUUGCCCAGCAUGCCGAGGAGCUCCGCAAGACGCACCCCAAGGUCCUCGCGACCAUGCCCUACCCGUACAUGAACGGCUCGCUCCACCUCGGACACGGCUUCACCAUCUCCAAGAUCGAGUUCCUCACCGGCUUCGAGCGCAUGCGCGGCAAGCGGGCCCUGUGGCCCUUUGGCUUCCACGCCACCGGCAUGCCCAUCAAGGCGGCGUCCGACAAGCUCAUCCGCGAGAUGGAGAUGUUCGGCCAGGACUUUGAGAAGUACGACGCGCCCGCCGAGGCCGACGAGACGGUCGCCGCCACCGAGGAGCCGGGCAAUGCGACCGCCGUUGCGACGACCUCGGCGACGACUGGCGCCUCGUCGAGCGACCCGUCCAAGGCCAAGAAGGGCAAGCUCGCCGCCAAGAGCACCGGCCUGCAGUACCAGUUCCAGAUCAUGGAGUCGAUCGGCGUCCCGCGCGCUGAGAUCAAGCAGUUUGCCGACCCGUCGCACUGGCUCAACUACUUCCCGCCGAUCGCCCAGAACGACUUGAACGCGCUCGGCUCGCGCAUCGACUGGCGCCGCUCGUUCAUCACGACGCCGGCCAACCCGUACUACGACGCGUUCGUCCGCUGGCAGAUGAACAAGCUUCACGGGCUCGGCUACAUCAAGUUCGGCAAGCGGUACACGAUCUUCUCGCCCAAGGACGGCCAGCCGUGCAUGGACCACGACCGCCAGUCGGGCGAGGGCGUCGGCCCGCAAGAGUACAUGGCGAUGAAGCUCGAGGUGACGCAGUGGGGCGAGCGGGCCAAGCGCGUCGCCGACGUCGCCCAGGGCAAGAAGGUCUUCUUUGUCGCGGCGACGCUCCGGUCCGAGACCAUGUACGGCGUCACCAACCUGUUCGUGUCGCCGACCGUCAAGUACGGCCUGUACCCGUCGAGCUCGACCAAGGGCUCGGACGAGGAGGUGCUCUACCUGUGCACGCCCCGCUCGGCGCGCAACAUGGCGUACCAGGGCCUCCUCAAGCACGACGACAAGGUCGAGUGCGCCGGCGAGGUCGACGGCAGCGAGCUGCUCGGCACAAAGGUCCACCCGGCCCUGUCGGCCCACAACGAGGUCUACGUCGUCCCGAUGGACACGAUCAAGGACAAUAAGGGUACCGCCGUCGUCGUCUGCAUGCCGGCCGACUCGCCCGACGACUUCAUCAUGACCCAGGACCUGCGCAAGAAGCCCGAGUACUACAACAUCGAGCCCGAGUGGGUCGCCGCCGAGCUCGUGCCGAUCCUCACGACGCCGACGUACGGCGACCGCACGGCCGAGGCGCUCGUCAAGGCGAUGAAGAUCAACUCGAGCAAGGACACGAAGCAGCUCGCCGAGGCCAAGGAGAUCGCGUACAAGGAGGGCUUCUACCAGGGCACCAUGAUCGUCGGCAAGUACAAGGGCGAGAAGGUCGAGGCCGUCAAGCCCAAGAUCCGCGACGACCUGUACUCGCAGAACCUCGCGUUCGCCUACUCGGAGCCCGAGAACCUCGUCAUGAGCCGCUCCGGCGACGAGUGCGUCGUCGCGCUGUGCGACCAGUGGUACCUCGACUACGGCGAGGCCGGGUGGCUCAAGAAGGCCGAGCUCCUCCUGUCGCGCAUGAACACGUACCAGGACGAGACGCGUAACGGCUUCGAGAAGACGCUCGGGUGGCUGCGCCAGUGGGCCUGUGCGCGCUCGUACGGCCUCGGGUCCAAGCUCCCGUGGGACCCGCAGUUCCUCGUCGAGUCGCUGUCGGACAGCACGAUCUACAUGGCGUACUACACCAUCUCGCACCUCCUCCACGGCCCGCCGAUCGACGGCAGCACGGUCGGCCCGCUCGGCAUCACGGCCGAGCAGAUGACCGACGAGAUGUGGGAGUACAUCUUCGCCAACGGCGCGUUCCCGAGCCCGUCGCCGAUCAGCCAGGACAAGCUCGACCGCAUGAAGGCCGAGUUCUCGUACUUCUACCCGAUGGACAUCCGGUCGUCGGGCAAGGACCUCAUCCCGAACCACCUCACGUUCUGCAUCUACGUCCACGCGGCCCUGUUCGGCGAGGAGCACUGGCCCAAGUCGAUGCGCGCCAACGGCCACCUCAUGCUCAACGGCGAGAAGAUGUCCAAGUCGACCGGCAACUCGUUGACGCUCAAGGACGCGCUCGUCAAGUUUGGCGCCGACGCGACCCGGGUCACGCUCGCCGACGCCGGCGACUCGAUCGAGGACGCCAACUUUGAGGAGUCGACCGCCAACGCCGCCAUCCUGCGCCUGCACACGCUCAUCGAGUGGUGCACCGAGGUCGUCGCCAACCAGGGCCAGCUCCGCCGAGGCGCCCGCGACGAGCUCAUCUGGGACCGCAUCUUCGAGAACGAGAUCAACGAGGCGAUCGAGCAGGCGUACCGCGCGUACGACCAAAGCCUGUACAAGGACGCGCUCAAGUUCGGCUUCUACCAGCUCCUGUCGGCGCGCGACCUGUACCAGCUCGCGACGGCGAGCGAGGGCGGCAUGCACGUCGAGCUCGCCCUGCGCUUCAUCCGCGUCCAGGCCCUCCUCCUCACGCCGAUCGCGCCGCACGUCGCUGAGCACCUGUGGUCGACCGUCCUCGGCGAGACGGCCUCGUCGGUCCAGACGGCGCGCUUCCCCGAGGUGAGCGCGCCCGUCGACCGCGCGACGACCGACGCCGCCAUCUACGUCCGGAGCAAGGUCAAGGACAUCCGCGACGCCGAGCUCGCGUUCGCCAAGAAGAAGGCCAAGGGCAAGAACGCGGCCGGCGGGUUCGACCCGAGCAAGCCCAAGGCGUGCAAGGUGUGGGUCGCGCGCACGUUCCCGGCGUGGCAGGAGGACGCCGUCGCCGUCGUGCGCGCGGCGUGGAACGCCGACGAGCAGAAGGUCGACGACGCCAAGGUCAAGCAGCAGCUCGUCGAGCGCGGCCUGAUCAAGGACAAGCGCUACAUGCCGUUCAUCGCCCAGCUCAAGAAGCGCAUCGCGCUCGUCGGUGUCGACGACGCCCUGAACCGCACCGUCGCCUUCAACGAGGUCGACACGCUCGCGGCCGCCAUGCCCUACAUCAAGCGGUCGCUCGGCAUGGACGACAUCGAGGCGCUGUACGCCGACGACGCCGACAAGGCCGUCGAGGGCGCACCCGGGUACCAGGAGCACAUCGUCGCCGCCGCCGAGCCGGGCAACCCGGGCAUCGUCCUGUUCAACACGACCGAGUAGAGAUGUCGACGAGGGCCCUGUAUCUCCCUUCCGCCCCCUUGUCCUGCCCUCGACCCUUUCCUCUUCCUCUCCCUGCAAAACCAGCAUGCGUUCAGCCUGUCC